CUUUAAUGUUUUCAUAACUCAACGGAGUUCGUCUUUAAAUUCGGCAUACCUUACACACACAAACGAUUAUGCGUUCUAAUAUAAUGUAAACUUCAUUUGCUCUUUCACUCAUGUAUACCAUGUUUCUGCAUCACGAUAAGCCACUGAUGGCGGUAGUUAAACAUAUUAAUCUGUCUGUAACAGACGCCGAAACUUUCUUAAGAUCAUAACACACCUUAACUGUGUAAACCGUACUUAUAUAUGAAGCACGUGUGUACCGAUACUAUGAUUAUUAUUAAUGACCAGAUUCUUUUAACGGAGUUUGGUGGCAGCGUCUGCCGGAAGUGGCUCCGGCUAACUGAGCUAGCUUUACCCGGGAUCCUUUGAAUUUGCUAGCGUCAUAAGCAAAAGGGUUGGGCACAGAGUACAGUGAAAAGGAGGCAUUUCGGAGUAGAAGUAUGAGUGUUUUAUAUUUGUUUUAUUUGAUAAAGAUUCAGGAAGUUUGAGGAAGUGCCUGGUUCAGAUUUCCGUUUACACCCUAGCAGCGCUGCUAAGUUGAACUUUAACAUCAGUGAGAAAACUUUUGCGAUAUUUCUCAGAGCUCGGCUAAAGGCAAGCUAGCAAACAAACGCAGUCUAAAGAAAGCCCUUUACUGUCCUGUUUAAAGCGAAAACCGGCAAAGCUACCACUGACAACCUGACACAUACUCUGCAAGGUGGUUAGCUUUCUAACGUCUCAAACAGCUGCUUUUGCACAGCAUGGAGUACAGCGGUCCGUUUGGCCACUCUCUGUCACCAGAGUCCACGGUGACCUCCCUACUGUCCAGUUCAGGUUACCUGAGGAGCAGCCUGCUGCCUCCUCAACACGACACCAGCUUCAGAUACAAAGACAGGGAGUAUGACUCGGCUUCGGCGGCUCUGGAUGCUUACAUCAAAGACUUUGAGAAGAGUCGUCAGAACCGCGACUCAUCGUUGACUGGAAAACUGGUUCUGCCGCAGAGCCUACCCUCCACUCCGUGCAGGCACAGAGUCGGCACGCUCAGAAACAAAGAUGUUCUUAGGGAGCGUUUGACCGAGAGAGAGCUAGACUUCCUGAACCUCCCCGUGAGCCCCCUCCAUCACCGCGUUAACUGGGACAGACACUCCAUGACAACAAAUGAACUGCUGUCCGUCCCUUUCGACGGCUCGAUGCCCGUCACCCACACCACCGCCUUCAUCCAAGACCUCCUGUCCUGGCCUGCAACCUCCCAGCCCUGCCCCUCAUCUACCUGUAGACUCCUCCACCAUCACUCUCUUCCACCCACGACGUCCAGGAGCUCCAGGUGCAGAGACAGGCCGAGGGCCGCCACGUUUAAACCAGGUGCUCACAUCAGCAGUUUUAAGAGAUCAGAGCAGGCCCCGGCAUCCUCGUCGCUCCACCUCCCUCACUGGUUCACCAGUAACAAGGCUGACUUGGACUGUUCGGGAAUCACCAGUGUGCCCGACCUGAAGUACCCAGCCUGGCUCCAGGGGUGUGACCUCAGUGAGCCGCCUGCACAGUCAGAUCUGUGGGACGACCACGACGUUCUUCCACCUGGAGCUCCCAGAACCAGAGCUCCAUCCUGGGUAGCAGACCUGGAGAAAGAUGAAGAUCCUGACCAGACACCUGCAGAGGUUGGCAGCCAGCAGGCGCUCAGAGACCUCAGGCUUCAGUUUGCUGAACAGAUUUCUUUGCUCACUACAGAGAGGAAGAGCUCAGAUGUUGUGAUGAACAUGUACCAAGACAACAGGAUCGAGUCUCUGAUCCAGAAGGCGGACCAGGUGUUAAACUCUCUGUCUCGGAGUUCUGGACAAGCAGAGAGUCCUGCAGAUCCAGUGAGUCCUGUGAAAACUGAGGAGCUGCUGCACCAUUCUCCCUCACACUGUCCUCUAGACUCAGCAGCAGGAGGCUGCACAGAGGAGCUGACUGACAGGGGAGCAGAGGAUUUGAGUCAUGAAAACAGCAUCUGGAAGCAGCCUGGUCCGGUGGAGGCUCUGAAACAGAUGCUGUUCAGACUGCAGGCUGUGGAGGCGGAGCUUCAGCGACAACAACAGCCACCAGCAGCUCUGACUCUCUCAGAGUGGCUGCUGACAUCAGCAACACAGUGGUCUGUUGGUAACGCAGAGCUGCAGGAGCUGCAAGAGCUUCAGAGUUUUCCUGGUAGACCAUCACUAGAGAGAGCUCUGCAUCAUCUGAACCGCCUGAAGAUGCUGGUGGAAGAACCCAGACAGAAACACAGAGCGACAGAGGAAGAGAAGGACGACGACGAGGGGCGCUACUCGUCCUCAUCUGUCGACAGACUGGUCUGUUCUCAGCAGGAACCCUCCAGAAACUGAACAUUCAAAGGAAGCUCGCUGUGCCAAAAGCCUCAAUAGUAUCUGCACUGUGUUUGUGUAUUUUUUAUAAGAAAGUGCUUUUUUUUUUUUUUUUUAAACACUAAUACAACUCAGUUUAAACUAUACCCUAAACCUUUAGAGUCAGGAAGUUUCCUGGACUGUUCUCUUUCUCAGACUCUGAGGAAGAGUCAGAACACAGCGAUAAUUUAAAAGAAGAGAAGAAAACGUGAAGGACAGACAGACUCCGAGACGAGAAAAAUAUGCCACAUCUUUUAUAUUUUGAAUGUGUCUCAGUGGUUUGUGGAUGCAACAGUAUGGAUGGAUGGACUUGAUGCUUGUUGGUGCACAGACCGUUUUGUAUUGAUGGGUUUCAUUCUGUUUGUAGACAGACUGUUGGUGCCAUAAAGAUUUACACACACUCAUUCCUGUUGAAAAUGAAGUGGUUACCGGGCAGUGUUAAGCCAGAGGGAAGAAAGAUCAUCAGUGCUGUUGUCAGUGAUAGCUUUUCAGUUCCUUGCAGGUAAAACUACAAUAAAUUGCCUUUGCUGUAGAAAAUAUGUACAUGUGGAAGCACAACGUGUACUACUGUGACAAUCCAGUCCGAUUUUCUGAAUUUCUCAAGACUCAAGACUCGUGGAUUGAAAAUUGAAGUAUUGAGCCAUGGGUUGGGGGGACCAGGGUGUUCAGAUGUCUAUCUUUAUCUGGGACUGCACAACAUUUUUUAUCAGGGAACGUUAAAAGUCACCAAAAUUAACAACCUUUGCUGAUUUUGUCGAAUAUCAUAGAAACUAACAAAAAAAGAAGCAGAAAGAUUUGAAGAAAUGGUUUUUGUCUCUUUUGCUUGAGUUGGGUUUUUUUUUGCAGAGGAGGGGAAAAGUUUGUGACACGGUAAAUGUGUGUCGUAACUGAAUAAAAAUUACAAUUGUCAGAUAUGGCUUUUUUAAAAAAAAAGGAUGCCAAUUUGUAGAUCCACCCAAAUGGAAACCCAAAAACUGUUAGCAGACAGAUCUCUCUAUAUAUAUACACGCUAAAUGAUACUCUGAUAAAAUUCAAUUGAUUGUAUUUGUAAGUCAGAUAAAGACCAUUUCACUCAGAGUUGUUCUUCAUACAUCUUCAGGUUCAGGUUACCAUAAGUAGAUUUGUUUUGCAGCUGUGAGUCAUCCGUCCUCACAUGCACACUCAAUACAGCCAUAACAGACAAAAAAUGUACAUAAUACAAAAAAAAAAAAAAAAUCUGGUCAUUUGAAUCUGACAGUAAAACCAGGGGAUGAUCAUUUAGAAAAUUAUCAUUUUUCAACUAAAGGAUGAAACCAUCAGGAAAGACGCAAAGGUCAGAGCAGGAGUAAGGCAAUUUUCCCAUGGACUAACAAUCAGACUUUAUUUAUUGAUCAGAGGAGUUUCCUCCUGCUGGGUCAAGAAAGAAUGCAGGUUCAUAGUACUGCAUCAGUUUCACUUUUCAAACAUCAAAGACAUGAAACCAGAUGGUGUUUCCUCCACCUCCAUCCUCAGGAUGACAGGACUCAUACUGGCACAGAGGAACUUUAACCCUCUGAUGCAGGAAGUAUUUUUAUUCACCUUGGGGUGAAGA